UCCUCCUCUCUAUCCGCCCGUCUCUGUGGUCUCCGGGCGGGGCCCCGCCCCUCCCGGGCCCGCUGCGCGCUGCUCCUCGCUGUCUGGACUCUGCCCCCAGCGACUUGGGGGCGCGCUGCGGGCCCCAGUGUCCGGCAGGUCACGGGCCAUGGCAGUGCCGCGGUCCGCGCCCCGGGCUGGUGCCAGGCCCCGGUUGGAUCUGCGGUUUCUCCAGCGGUUUCUGCGGAUUCAGAGGGUCUUGUUUCCCUCUUGGUCCUCCCAGACGGCCUUGAUGUUCCUGACCCUUUUGUGUGUGGCCCUGCUGGAACAACUGGUGGUCUACCAGGUGGGCCUGAUCCCCAGCCAGUACUACGGGGUCCUGGGAAGCAAGGACCUGGCAGGGUUUAAGAGCCUGACGCUCCUGGCCGUCUCGCUCAUCGUCCUCAACUCCAUGCUGAAGAGCUUUGACCAGUUCACCUGCAACCUGCUGUACGUGAGCUGGAGGAAGGACCUCACCGAGCACCUCCACCGCCUCUACUUCCGGGGCCGCGUCUACUACACCCUCAACGUCCUGCGGGAUGACAUCGACAACCCGGACCAGCGCAUCAGCCAGGAUGUGGAGCGGUUCUGCCGGCAGCUGAGCAGCGUGGCCAGCAAGCUGCUUAUCUCCCCCUUCACCCUGGUCUACUACACCUACCAGUGCUUCCAGAGCACCGGCUGGCUGGGGCCUGUGAGUAUCUUCGGAUAUUUCAUCCUGGGAACCAUCGUGAACAAAAUGCUGAUGGGACCCAUCGUGGCCAAGCUGGUCCAGCAGGAGAAGCUGGAGGGGGAUUUCAGGUUCAAGCACAUGCAGAUCCGCGUGAACGCCGAGCCUGCUGCUUUCUACAGGGCUGGGCACGUGGAGCACGUGCGGACCAACCGCAGGCUGCAGGCGCUGCUGCAGACCCAGAGGCAGCUGAUGGCCAAGGAGCUCUGGCUGUACAUUGGCAUCAACACCUUCGACUACCUGGGCAGCAUCCUGAGUUACGUGGUGAUCGCCAUCCCCAUUUUCAGCGGCGUCUACGGAGACCUGAGCCCCACCCAGCUCAGCACCCUGGUCAGCAAGCUGCUUCACCCGGCUCAUCGACCUGUCCACCACGCUCUCGGACGUGGCCGGGUACACACACAGGUGGGCUGCGGGCUGUGCGCUCGGACACAGGGCAGGUACCCGCCGGGAAGUCGGUGGAAAACCACUCACCCUGCGAGGAUGGAACCAGCUCUCCCCACUCCCUGGCACAGGGGACUGGGAGGGGCGCUUUGUACCCGCUGCCCAGGCCACGCUCGGCCUUUCCCCCUCCUGCCCAGGAUCGGCGAGCUCCAGGAGACCCUGCUGGCCAUGUCGCAUAAGUCGCAGGACGAUGAGAUCCCGGACGAAAGCGAGUGGGACUUUGACGGGGCCCCGGGACGGCCCGGCGCAGAGCCGGCAGACACCGCCUUCCUUCUGGAGCGCGUCUGCAUCUCCGCCCCUGCCUCCUCCGACCGGCCCUUCAUCCGGGACCUGAGCCUGAAGGUCUCCGAGGGCCAGAGCCUGCUCAUCACCGGGAACACGGGCACCGGCAAGACGUCUCUGUUGCGAGUGCUGGGCGGCCUCUGGGCCAGCUCCCGGGGGUCGGUGCGGAUGCUGACGGACUUCGGGCCCCGGGGGGUGCUGUUCCUGCCCCAGAAGCCCUUCUUCACUGAUGGGACCCUUCGGGAGCAGGUGAUCUACCCGCUGAAGGAGAUCUACCCCGACUCGGGUUCCAUUGAUGACGAGAGGAUCAUGAGGUUCUUAGAGUUGGCAGGGCUGUCCAGCUUGGUGGCCAGGACGGAGGGUCUGGACCAGCCGGUCGACUGGAACUGGUACGACGUGCUGUCCCCCGGGGAGAUGCAGCGACUGUCCUUUGCCCGGCUCUUCUACCUUCAGCCCAAGUAUGCAGUGCUUGACGAAGCCACCAGCGCGCUCACAGAGGAGGCAGAGAGCGAGCUGUACCGUGUCGGCCAGCAGCUGGGCAUGACGUUCGUCAGCGUGGGCCACCGGCGCAGCCUGGAGAAGUUCCACUCCUUGCGCCUGAAGCUCUGCGGAGAGGGAAGGUGGGAACUGAGCAAGAUCAAAGUGGAGUAAAGCCCAGGACGCCCGUGGCCACCGGAAGGAGAGCCGAGCUCGGGGCUGGGGGCAGGUCCCCGCGGAGACCCAGGGGGAAGGACCGGGGGGUCCCCGUUGCCUUGUGCCUAUGCCUUGUGCAGAGGAAGCCCUGCAGCCGGCAGCCACCCCCCCACCCCGGAACACACAGGCCCGCUGGGGCUCCAUGGCGCACUGAUCCCCCACACGGAACCUCAUGGUGCUUUCUGAAGAGAAUCCCGCCCCUGCGGAAGGGUCCAGGAGACGACGCUGGGCGGAGACCCCGGGACCCCGGGAUCACUUCAGUCCAUCUGAUUUUGUGGCUUUUCACUUUAACUGACCUCUUAAGUGUCGUGACUUUUUUAUCAGGGAAGUCAUUAAACAGGUGUUUUUCUGCGGCAUUC